UUGGUGUUUAUUUCAAAGGCGGCGGGGCGCUGAAAUUCAUCCGGAGAGUUUCUUCGCAGGUACACUUUCUGUUUCCCAGCUCCGAUCAAUUUCUUGAAUAUUUUUGUCGUAAUACAAGCGAAUUCUGAUUUAUUUUUGAAAAAAUGAUCACCAAAACUCAAAAAUUUCAAGUCUUUAUUCAAUCCCCUGAACUACAAAUCCCAACCCAAGCUCUAAAUUUCGAAAACCCUAACCCUAAUUUCACUUUACAAGAUCUCAAAUCCUCUCUCUUCGCCAAAGCCCAUCAAAAUCUUAGCUCCCUUUACUUCACCUUGAAUGGUAAACCCCUCUCUGAUUCGACUAAGUUACCGAAUUCCCAAAUUGCCCCUCUUUCCACAUUAACACUUCGGUGCCGCCUUCUCGGUGGCGGUGGAGAUGGCGGCGCCACUGGGGCGGAAUCCCGGGAUUGUUACCUUAACAUGUAUGCUAUUAAAAAGCCUGAUAAAGUUGACCCGAAUGAGACGAGGCUGUCGAAAUGGCUGAAUUGUGCGAUUUCCAAUGAGCCGUUGAAGCGGCCGGUUGUGAUCGAUAAGCUUGGGAAUUUGUUCAAUAAGGAGGCGUUAGUUGAGGCGUUGUUGAUGAAAAAGGUACCUAAGGAGUUUUGGUAUAUAAAAGGUUUGAAGGAUAUGAUCGCGGUCGAGUUGGAUGUGAUUCCUGGGUUGGAGGAUGAGAGAGGGAGUCGGACCGGGGCAAAGUUUCAGUGCCCUAUAACGGGGUUGGAGUUCAAUGGGAAGUAUAAGUUUUUCGCGUUGAGGUCAUGUGGACAUGUGCUGAGUGCGAAGGCAUUGAAGGAGGUUAAGUCGUCAGCAUGUUUGGUGUGUCAUAAAGAGUUCUCUGAAAGUGAUAAGAUGCCGAUCAAUGGGAAUGAAGAGGAAGUGACGGUUUUGAGAGAAAGAAUGGAAGCAGAAAGGGUUAAUAUAAAGGAUAAGAAGGUAAAGAAGGUGAAGACUGGGGGUUUGGUGGCUAAUCGUGCUGAGGAUGGGUCAGUGGGAUUGCCAAGGUUGAGUGGGACAAAACAUGGAAUUGAUACUAAGGUACCUGACAAGGCUUCAGCCAAAGUGGAAGGAAAUUCCAAGCUCGUGUCGACUGGCAAAGUUGAGACGAAUGGAACAGCUAAGAGAUUCAAGGCUGUUGAUGCUGCCCCAGCUAAUGCCACGAAGGAAGUAUAUGCAUCUAUUUUUACUUCAUCAAGAAAGUCUGACUUCAAAGAGACGUUUACAUGCAGGUCACUGCCACUUGGGAGAAAUUAAUUGAGGUGGGAUUGUUAAGGUGAUCUUGUAGUGUUGUUUAGUUGCAUUGUAACCUGGGACUAUAUAUUGAUGAAGAAAAUGAAUUGUUUCCUCUGGUUAUUAGCUGCUGUGAUUUGCUAUACGGAAGCUUUCUGUUGAUGUAUCAUAUUAGCAGUGAUUGUACUGUGAAUAAUUACAUUGAUGACUUGCUUCCCUGAUUUAUGGAGUUAGAUCUGUUUCUUGUGGUAAUAUAUGUUUUCAUGAGA